AUGGAAAGGAACCUGCAUUCUGUUCUCGAGAGCGCCACCCAUGGCACGACUUACAAUGUCAAGAAACGCUACAAGCGCGUGAUGACGCCAGCUCGCAAAGCACAGAAUCGAGCUGCGCAAAAGGCAUACCGCCAAAGACAGAAAGAAGUCCAAGAGCAACAGCUAAACGAACGCAAGGCGAGGAAAGCCUCCAAAAAAACCCCAGAGCUCAGGCCGCACCCCGCGCCUACGGAGCUAGGCUCAAGGGGCACAGUCAUAAGCACAGCAGAGAAGCAGCCUGUACAGCCUUUUGCCUUGCCAGUGGAAUCACUCUCUGCAGAAUUUGGCUUCUUACAAGAUGAAUCCAUGCACAUGACGAGUCAACCGCACCUUAACACGAACCAAGCUAUCGGUGAUGACUUUCUUUCGAGAGUUCCAUCGAUUCCACUAGAUAUUAUCGACACCAUAUACAUGGGGAAGCCAGAUACUCUGAUGCUUUCCCUGGGGGUUUCGGCUGAGUUCGGUCACGACGACAUACAGAACACGGCAGAACUUACUUCGAUGGAGCUCAUUCAAAAUACGGGGAAAGACGACCUACAAUAUAUGGCUGCUCUGGCAUCUGAACAUGGAAUCGGACCUGCCGAUCUGGAGAAAUUGUUUCCCAGGCACAACAAACCCCUGGGCCAUGCAGACCCGUACGCGAACAACCUUGAGUUCCCACAGGUUUCUCUCUUGAGGAUCUGUCUCUCCAAUGCGCGAUGUCUAGGGAUCGACAUUGAUGCGCUAUUUGGCUGGAAUUGCAUGUCGCUCUGUUCUCCCUUUUAUCGGCCUACGACCACGACAGAAGCCGACCCCAAGGAACUUCUAGCCUCGGUAUCGAGCCCAUCAAUCCCCAAACAUUUACAGCCGACAUUGCCUCAAAUAUUGUUUCCCCAUCAUCCGAUCCUGGACUUGAUCCCCUUCCCGGGCCUUCGAGCAUGCGCCAUUACGUUAGCCGCAACUUCACCACCGUUUCUUAGCCCGCUUGAGCUCAAGAAGGAUAUUAUUUGUGGCGGCCUUGUCUGCUGGGGUACGAGAAAGAACCCUGGCGGCCAACCAUGGGACAUGCGUAGCUGGGAAGCAGCGCCGUGGUUUUUGACGAAAUGGCGGCUAUUAAUCGAUGGAAAAGACGGCGAAUUAUCGAGACAGAGCACGUGGUGGCGGGGAAUGAGGGGUGACUGUGACUCCUCUAAGGGCGUCACGACAUCCGGCAGCGGCAAGACGCAAGCAGUGCAGGUCGGCAACAGCCCGAUUGGCGGCCGCGCCCGAGGCACAGCGCGCGUUGGCCAGGCUGACGUACGCAGCAAGACUCGGUUUUUGUUUAAAACAACAAUAAAAGUCCCAGGUCCAGAGGCCCGUUUCGCGAUACGUCGUGAGUCCUGUUGCGCUUCCUCCACCAUGCCGCUCCUGGAAAUCCCCGAGCUGAACACCCGCACCGGCACGCUGCGUGCCUAUCACUUGGCCGCCAUUGUCUUCAUCUCCUCGUUCCUCGCCGGUUACGAUUCUGGCGUUGCCGGUGGUGUCCUCACCUACAAGUCAUUCCAAGCAGAUUUCAAGUUCAAAUCGUCCACCGAGUCGGAGGUCAGCUCGCUCACAAUCGGCCUGGAGCAGCUCGGCUCGUUUCUCUCUUGCUUCUUCGUCUAUCCGCUCACGAACAAGUACGGUCGCAAGUAUGUCAUCGCCGCUUCCGCCUUGGUCUUUGUUGUCGGCGCAGUGAUCCAGACUAUCAAAACUGGAUCGUUGGCCGGCUGGUAUGUCGGCCGCAUCGUGGCUGGCAUCGGUAUGGGUGGCCUCAGCAUUGUCGUGCCCAUGUACACCGCCGAGAUGACUCCCAAGGAAAUUCGUGGCCGCUGCGGAUCCUUCUACCAGUGGAUGUAUACCUGGGGAGUCUUCGCCGCCUACUGGAUUGACUAUGGCGUUGCAGCGAGCGGCAGCAUCGCAGGAACAUCGCGCGAGUGGCAAAUACCAGUCGGCUUGCAAAUCGUCUCGAGCGGCAUUCUCUUCCUCGGCAUGUUCUCACUACCAGAAUCCGUCAGAUGGCUGCUCAGCAAUCACCGCAGCGAUGAGGCCUGGAAAUCGCUGACCUGGAUCCGCGGCGACGAAGGCGAGAAGACUCUAGCCGAAUUCAAUGAAACCCAAUUUGGACUUAAGGCUGAAAAGUCCGCCACUGACAACUUCACCAUCCGCGAGCUCUGGCACCCUUCCAAUCGCUUGCGCUUUAUCAUCGGGCCCAGCAUGUUCAUCUUCCAAAACACCACUGGCAGUAGUGCUCUGGCUGUCUUUGCCCCGCAGUACUUCAAACUCAUUGUUGGCAACUCGGGAAACCGAGACCUGUUGCUGACGGGUCUCUUUGGUGCUGUCAAAGUGAUCGGCUGCACUUUUUUCAUCUGGGUCCUAGCUGAGCGAUUCUCACGUCGUGGCCUACUCAUGGGAGGGGCUUCGCUGAUGGCCUUGUGCAUGUUAAUCAUCACUUUAAUUGUCAAGUACAUUCCCACCCAGAGUACGGGGAGUGUGACGAAUGCCGGACGGGCUACCGUCGCCAUGAUUUACCUGGACAUUAUCAUUUACAACUGUUCUUGGGGUCCGGUACCAUGGGCUUACGUUCCCGAAAUUUUCCCAACCCGCAUUCGCGCCCUGGGUCUGGCAUUCAGCAUGCUCGCCCACUGGGCAUCAUCGUUCUGCUUCUCCUUUUCUAGUCCGUACAUGAUCUCCAACAUCGGUGAAUACACCUUCCUCAUCUUCAUGGGCUUCGAUCUCUUGGCCACCGUCUUCACCUACUUCUUUGCGCAGGAAACACGAGGCAAGAACUUGGAGGCUGCUGCCGGAACUGAGUGGGAGGUUGCGGAAAAGGACGUGGCCCCCGAGGGAACAGCGGAGCUGGGUGAAGCUGUUGUUGCCGGGACUGGUGAUACUAUCUUGGCAGAGGGAGAAGGAAGGGUAGUUACUGUUGUCGCCGCACAUGAUACCUUUGGCUCAGGCCUGAAAGGAAUUGGGUUGAAACAUCGCUCUUGA